GUGAACGUAUCCGUACUCUUAAAUUUCCGAAAAUGACUGGUCGUGGUAAAGGAGGAAAAGGAUUAGGAAAAGGAGGAGCCAAGCGCCAUCGUAAGGUUCUUCGUGAUAACAUCCAAGGUAUCACUAAACCAGCGAUCCGUCGUCUGGCUCGUCGUGGUGGAGUUAAACGUAUCUCCGGUCUUAUCUACGAAGAGACCCGUGGAGUUCUCAAAGUCUUCCUUGAAAAUGUGAUUCGUGACGCAGUCACCUACACCGAGCACGCCAAGCGCAAGACCGUCACUGCCAUGGACGUUGUCUACGCUCUAAAACGUCAAGGCCGUACUCUUUACGGUUUUGGAGGUUAAUUUCAUCAUUCGACUCAGCAAAAUCAAUCAAACCAAACGGCCCUUUUCAGGGCCACCAAAUUUUUCACACGUAAAAAAUAAUUCAAGUUGCAAUCUAAGUUUCCUAUAAAUUUAAUUUAAUGAAAAUUUAUCAGUUCCUAAAUUUCCUUAAGAGACUG